UUAACGUUUUACAACACUACUUGCAACAAAACUGUGGAACGUAUUUAACAUCUGGAUAUAAAUUUUAUUAAUGUUGAUUUUUGUAUGCUUGAAUUUAGAGCUAAACUAAAAAAUAUAUUUUAAAAAUGUUCGAAGCUACCUCUAUGGAACCGCCUCCACCACCAUCUGUUCGACUUACAAAUGAUGAUUUUCGUAAAUUGCUUGCAACACCCCGCUCUUCAGGUGGAAGUUCAUCUUCGCAAACUGCUGGUCAAUUUGGGAUUGCUGGUAGUACUCCAACAACAGAUAGAAAGAAGACUACUCAAGGAACCAGUUCAUCGGAACGCAAUGAUUUGCGCCGUAAAAAGAAGAAUUUUUAUGCAGCAUUAAAAAAACAAGAAGAUGGAAAACUACAAGAGCUUUCUGAGAAAUAUCGAGACAGAGCACGUGAACGUCGUGAUGGUGCAAACCCAGAUUAUCAAAAUGUUAGUACGCCAGGUCAUGGUAACACAAAUGCUUACCGUGCAGUUGCACCUGAUAUGAAGUCUGGGAUAGAUGCAGCUGAGCGUAGAAGACGUAUUAUUCAAGAAUCAAAAUUCUUGGGAGGUGAUAUGGAGCACACCCAUUUAGUAAAAGGUCUUGAUUAUGCACUUUUGCAGAAAGUUCGUUCUGAGUUGCAAAAUAAGGAAAUAGAAGAACAACAGAUGGCUGCAGUUGCUGCAGCAACUGAGAAAAUAGCAGAAGCAGCAGCUGUAGAGCAACUGGAAGCAGAACGUAGGGAGGCAGAAGAUACUACAGCUUUAAAAAGUGCACUAUCACGAAAUAUUUUUAAUGUGAUACAAACAAAACGUUCGAAAGAAGUACAGCGUAUCGACCUUUUUGCACCCGGUCGUAUGGCAUACGUAAUAGACUUAGAAGACGAAACAGGUGAAUGUGAUAUACCUACAACGCUUGUUCGUUCCAAAUUUGAAGUUCCUGUGAAUCGAGAAGAUGUUGCUACAUUAACAACAAAUGACAUUGUAAUUAAUAAAUUGUCACAAAUAUUGUCAUAUUUACGUGCAGGAAGCCGUAAUAAAAAAAAUAAGAAACGCGAUAAAGAUAAACCACUUUUCUUUGAAAAUGAUAUGGAAGAAAUUAGUAGAUCUAAAGUAAUCAAUGAUAAACCACUUGGCGAUAAUAUUUAUGAUGACAUUGGUGAUUAUCAGCCAGCUACUAAAAAUACACAUUCAAUGCAUGUUUCAAACAAUACCGGCAAUAAUAAAACUACUUCAUAUUUUGGUAAUUUAACAUCAGCUGAUGAUACCGAGCCAAUAGUUUCAUUCAUACCACCACCACCAAAAAUAUCUAAAGCAAUGGCAUCUCGCUUUACAAAUGAACCUGAAGGCUAUGCUGAAUGUUAUCCUGGUUUAGAAGAAAUGAAUGAUGCUAUCGACGAUUCUGAUGACGAAGUUGACUACACAAAAAUGGAUUUGGGCAAUAAAAAAGGACCCAUAGGUCGUUGGGAUUUUGAUACACAAGAAGAAUAUUCAGAUUAUAUGAGUACGAAGGAAGCUUUACCGAAAGCAGCUUUUCAAUAUGGUGUUAAAAUGCAAGAUGGUAGAAAAACACGUAAGAAUAAGACAGAGAAAAGUGAAAAGGCUGAGCUAGAUCGGGAAUGGCAAAAAAUUCAAACAAUUAUACAAAAGCGAAAAUAUCCGAAAGGAAGUGGCGAAGAACCAGACUAUAAAACAGCUAAAUAUUAAUCAACAUUUUUAAUCUAUCUAUUUACAUUGUAUGUUUAAAAUUACAAUUUGUAUGAGAUAAGUAGUA